AUGGGUGAGACAACAAAAGGAGAUGCUACAAAACCAUCACCGAAUCAAAUCUCCUCACCUAAAGAUUCUUCACUCGAUCACCAAGCACCAAACCCAUCACUCCUCCAGCACCACCACCACCACCAAUCUUUCCUCCCUUCUCCGAUCUUCAUACCCACCGUCUCUUCUCCCGGAGCUCCGGCCAUCCCCAAACGUCCACGUUUUGGCACUUCCGGUGGUCUCUCUCCUCCUCAAUGGAAAGCCUUACCAUCUCCUUCCACUGUCCCAACGGCCUCCACAAUCUCCUCAUCACCGACACCUUCCACCGCCGUUGUAACAGCUUCUUCCACCGAAACAGCCGGAUCUUCACCGCCGGAUCAAGAAGCAACAAACAGCGAGAAACAACAACAAGCCGAAACGGAGUCGUUUCAACAUAAAUUCAGAAAAGGGAAGUACGUGAGCCCCGUGUGGAAACCAAACGAGAUGCUCUGGCUGGCAAGAGCCUGGAAAGUCCAGUACCAAAACCAAGCAACCGGGUCCGGAUCCGGAUCCGGGUCAGGCGAAGGAAGAGGGAAAACACGAGCGGAAAAAGACAGGGAAGUAGCCGAGUUCCUAAACCGACACGGCAUAAACCGAGACUCAAAAAUCGCCGGUACGAAAUGGGACAACAUGCUUGGUGAGUUCAGGAAAGUGUACGAGUGGGAAAAAUGCGGAGAGAAAGAAAAAUACGGUAAGAGUUACUUCAGGCUCUCUCCUUACGAGAGGAAGCAACAUCGUCUUCCCGCGUCUUUUGACGAAGAAGUCUAUCAAGAAUUGGCUCUUUUCAUGGGUCCACGUGUCAGAGCUCCGACUAUCAACCGGGGAGGAGCUCCGUCGGCUUUUACCUCAACUCCUCCGUCUGUUGAGGCACUACCUCCUCCUCAUCCUCCACUCAUGAUGACUUCAAGAGACGAAUAUGAUACUGAAAAUAACCCUAUGAUCUCUUCCAUUGGAAGAGCAAAGAGAUUAGCAGUAACAAUAGUUGGAGAUGAUAAUCCUCAAUAUAAUCCGUAUUCACACAACAUUGCUAGAGGAUCAGGUUUAUUCUCUAAUAAAUCACUAUACAUGAAUCCUUCUUCCGAGAUGAUCCCGUCUUCUUCUUCUUCGUCAUCCUCGGUAAAAGAUCUUCGCCGUAUUGGGAAAAUAAGGUUAACUUGGGAGGAAUCGGUUAACUUGUGGGGUGAAGAAGGAGAGAUUGAUUAUGGGAGAAUUAGGGUUAGUGGCUCGAGUUUCUUGAAUGCAGACGAGCUCACAUACUUGGACGACUCCAUGGUGGCUUGUACAAUGGAAUCAUUCGAAGAUGGACCUCUCAAGGGGUUUUCUUUGGAUAGAUUUAUUUCUGGUCAACAUCUUAAAGUCUUUGGAAGACAAAGGUCAACUUCAUCAUCUGUUCCUUCACCUCCAGUUACUGUAGCAGGUUUGUUUGAACGAGCACAGCUUCAACUCGCAGAACCCAUUUAUAAAUCAAUAUCAACACUGGAGCUCCAAGACCCAUCAGAGCAUUGCUUGAGUAAAUUGCGUGUACCAGCUGGAAGUCUUCCGAGUUUAUUUGACCUUGCACGGUAUCUUCAAGAACCACCGCCAGAAAAUCUCCGGUUUCCUCUCCGGCCAGACGUAUACAAAGACUUGCCACCGGGAAAAGAACUCUUCUUCUCCACCUCCUCCACCGAGCUACUAGAUUGUAGAGCAAUCACAUACGAUAUCGUCGCCCCCAUAAUGUCCCGCUUAAACCCUAAUAAUGGAUUCGUUAUCUCAAGCAAAGACUCGCUGAUCCCACUUUGGGACGACUGCGUUAACCGGAUGGUUUCAAAGUUUUGUGAAAUGGUGGUUUUGCGUAAACCAGAUUCGUCGUUUUGGGUUGAAAACGUACAAGAUCAGUGGCCAAACGUGAUGGGAUACAUAAAAGGAUUUGGGUUGUGGAGAGGAGAAGAGGCUGAUAAGGUACGAGAAGGUGGUACUGAUCCUUCUUCUCUAUUGGUCGAGAAGAUUCUUUGGUCGUACACUGAUCUUCCAUACAUUCUUGGAUACCACGCAAUAGGGUUCACGGUAACUUUCUGCGCUUUAAGCCUAUCAUCACAAGAUCGAGUGACCUGCACCGAUCUUUAUUCAUUCAACGUAUCAUCACCGUCAGAUAGAAUCAAAGCGUUGGUUCCUUGUUACCGUCUUGCUUCUCUUUUACCGUUGCUUGCGGAUCGGUGCACUACUACGACUACGAGGCCUUUAUGCUAUAACGACUUUGAGAGAAUCGAUCAUGGAGAUUAUGUGACAGAAGUAACGCCUCACACGGUGACUAAGUAUUACUCAAGCAAGAGAAAAUGGAUGAGUGUGAAAGGAAUCUACGAUUUUCUCGACCAAAGAGUUCCACACGCGGAGCAUUUGGAUAGGGCACGCGAGAAAGAUCUGUCGUUGAGUUUUAAGCCACGUGGAAUCAGAGUUAAACCACGAAACGUUGACCAGCUCAUCGACUCGCUGAUGUGUGUGACUAAAGCGCUCGUCGCCCUUCACGAUCUUUCGUUCAUGCAUCGUGACAUGGGAUGGGAUAAUGUUAUGAGAAGCACGGCGACGACCACAACAACAACUGACACGGAUUGGUUCGUUUGCGGGUUCGACGCGGCUGUUGAGUCCCCGCAGCUUAACCCGCACCGUCCUGUAGCUAAGGCGGUUGAGGAGGAGGAGGAGAAGGAGCGUGGGAGACACGCACCGGAGAUGGAGAGAGGCUUGCAUGCGGUGAAAGUUGAUGUGUGGGGAGUGGGUUAUAUGAUAAAGACGUGUGGAUUGAGUAAUGUGCCAAAGAUGUUGAGAGAACUUCAAGGGAAGUGUUUGGAACCGAACCAAGAGAACCGUCCGACCGCAGCUGAUUGCUUUCAUCACCUUCUCCAGGUUCAGUCUGCUAGUACAUCGUCGUAUUAGUCUACUCUUUUUUUGCUUUUCAAUUUUUUCUUGUUCUUGGAGCGGUCUUGUUCACAU